AAAACCCAAGUGGGACAAAGAAGAAGCCACAGCGAGAGGCUGCCUACUCCAGGAACCAGGGUAACCAUACCAUUUUAUGCGAAAGGCUUUAACAGAAAAAUCUUUUAAAAAGUAAAAGUUCGAAUAUACCUGGAACUUGUAACUGACAGCAAACUCCUCUGGAUGCCCUAAAGGACCAAGAAUGAGCUAUUACGGAAGUAGCUACCGGAUUGUCAAUGUGGACUCCAAAUAUCCAGGCUAUUCUCCAGAGCAUGCCAUAGCCGAGAAGCGAAGGGCAAGGAGACGCCUGCUCCACAAAGAUGGCAGCUGUAAUGUGUACUUUAAACACAUUUUUGGAGAAUGGGGAAGCUACAUGGUUGAUAUUUUCACCACUCUCGUGGAUACCAAGUGGCGCCAUAUGUUUGUAAUAUUUUCUUUGUCUUACAUUCUCUCCUGGUUGAUAUUUGGCUCCAUAUUUUGGCUCAUAGCCUUUCAUCACGGAGACCUAUUAAGUGAUCCAGAUAUCACCCCUUGUGUUGACAACGUGCAUUCAUUUACGGCAGCAUUUUUAUUCUCCCUUGAGACCCAAACCACCAUAGGGUACGGUUACCGUUGUGUUACAGAAGAGUGCUCUGUAGCCGUGCUGACAGUAAUCCUUCAGUCCAUCCUAAGCUGCAUCAUAAACACCUUCAUCAUUGGAGCAGCUUUGGCAAAGAUGGCAACAGCCCGGAAGAGAGCCCAGACCAUCCGCUUCAGCUAUUUCGCGCUUAUUGGUAUGAGAGAUGGUAAGCUUUGUCUCAUGUGGCGCAUCGGUGACUUCCGACCAAACCAUGUGGUGGAGGGCACAGUGAGAGCCCAGCUUCUGCGCUAUUCAGAAGACAGUGAAGGACGGAUGACGAUGGCCUUUAAAGACCUCAAACUCGUCAACGAUCAGAUAAUCCUGGUAACUCCAGUGACUAUUGUCCAUGAAAUUGACCAUGAGAGCCCUCUGUAUGCCCUUGAUCGCAAGGCAGUGGCCAAAGAUAAUUUUGAGAUUCUGGUGACAUUUAUUUAUACUGGUGAUUCUACUGGGACAUCCCACCAGUCCAGAAGUUCCUAUGUCCCCAGAGAAAUUCUCUGGGGCCAUAGGUUUCAUGACGUUUUGGAAGUGAAGAGAAAGUACUACAAGGUGAACUGCUUGCAGUUUGAAGGAAGUGUGGAAGUCUAUGCCCCUUUUUGCAGUGCCAAACAACUGGACUGGAAGGACCAACAACUCAACAACUUGGAGAAAACAUCCCCUGCCCGAGGAUCCUGCACCUCUGACACCAACACCAGGAGGAGGUCCUUCAGCACAGUUGCCAUGGUGAACAGCUGUGAGAACCCAGAGGAGACUGCCCUGUCCCCACAAGAUGAGUGUAAAGAGGUCCCCUAUCAGAAGGCGCUCCUGACUUUAAAUAGGAUCUCGAUGGAAUCCCAGAUGUAGCCCUCCUCUCCCGUGCUUACCUAAAGACCUGAAGCUGUAAGCAUGAUUUUUAACAAAAUGUUAGUUCUCUGAUUUGUGGCAGAAAUAGAAAGCAGAGUAGGUUAAACUUGGGGAAUGAUCAUGUAAAAAUUCCACAGUUUUCUAAUAUUAAAAUUUGGCUUUGGUAGCAGAGUUUGUAUUUAGGAAAAAUGAUUAAGAAGCUUAAUUGAUUACAAUUAAUCUCAUUAUUUCAUAUACUUGUGUCUCCUCUUGAAGGUGAAAUAUUUAGGAGAAGGGGAAAAGAGGCUAAUAGAGUAGUUAAAAAUCGAGAUGCAGAUAAGCUAAAUAUUUUCAUAUAAAUAAGUAAGUUAAUUAGGGAAUGAGAAUUUAUGUCAAUAUCUUACCAUCUAAGCCCAACAGAUGAAAUAUGCCUCAACUCAGAGACAUUGAGAUAAGAAAGAAAAACCAAGUACGGCUUGAGUUACCAUAUUUGCUUCUCAUAGUAUCUUGGUAUCGGCAGAGAGACAUGUGACCUUAAGAAAGUGAAAAUGCCAUCAAAUCACAGAUGUCUUUCAGUGAUACUUGCCUAAUGUGUUAUUAGUGACUGCUGGAAGCCAGAACCAACCAUGAGACAGAAGACAGGGGAACAUUAUUAUGUAAAGAAGUAUUUCUCUCUUAAAUACCUUGGUUCAACCAAACCAAUGCGGAGCAGAAGGGAGGUGGGAGGCCUUUCUUUGCGCUCCCUGGAGAAGUCCCCUGUGCUCACACUACCACUGUGCUCAAGCCUUUGUGAAGAGGACAUUACAGAGGUGGGAUGCAGGGGAGGCAGCAGCUGCGUGUUUCCUCAGACCUCUGGAGAGUAGACGCUAGAUGCUCUUAGUUCCUGGUCCCGAGAGGCUGCAGUGUGGGUUGAGGAGAAUUCCAAGAGAGAGAGCCUUUCCUAAAGGCAGGGGAUCAGUGUGUAUGGUGACUUGAGUCUCAGAUCUGAAUAGUUUUGUCAACAGUGAUGCUGAUUUGAUUGUAUACUAGAGGAAUGAACUGAAUAUUAUAGGGCUGCUUAGAUAUUUUAGGACAAGAGAUAAAUGUGUAUUCUCUGUCUUCAUGUUAAAGGAUUAAGUUAAUUCCUGAUUCCUGGAUUCAUAAUUAGCACGAACCCAGUCACACACACUGUAAGGUUUAUAAACUGAAGAAUUAUUAGCUAUGGCUUGGCAUCGCUUGUGUAAUUUUUUCCCAAUGUUACUGAGCUAGGAAUGAGUAUAUUAUACAGCGAUUGUUUAAUUUAAGCAUACACACAGUUUGAUUCUUUUGGUGUCUUCUUUCUCUCUCUUUUCCUCCUAUUCUCUCUUUCUCUCUCUCUCUCUCUCUCUCUCUCUCUCUCUCUCUUCCUCUCUCUCUCUCUCUCUCUCUUUCUCUGUCACACACACACAGACACACACACACACAAACACGCACACACACACAUUUAAUCCCAUAAGCACACUGAGCUGAAUCAAACAAUUCAAGACUACCAAGCUAAGUCAAAUACAUAUUCAAAGGAGCCUCUUUUUUCCCUCUCCCUCUCCCUUUCUUUCUUUAGCUCUCCCUGUUACCCAGGAUCAAUACAGAAUACAGUCUAACUUUUCUAAUGCACAUGUAUAAACAAAUCUUUCAUUCUUGCUGUCAUAUAAAUAAGAGAUUUGAUCAAGGGGCAUGUUAAAAACUGUCCUGAAACUUAAUAUCUGAAACCUAAAUCAUGUUUAACCUUCAACACUUGGGAAUGGAGGAUCCAUUAGUUAAACCAUAGAGCCAUUUAUUUAUAUACCCACACAUCUGGCACACACACACACACACAUACACACACACACACACAGAGGGUGGGGUGGGGUGUGACAGAGACACACAGAGAAAAUUCAUUUUUUGUAGCAGUCAUUACUUUUCUCAAUUAGAAUAUUACGCUUUCCAAGUCUAGAAAACAUUGCUCUAGCAAUACUUUCUCCACCAAUUUGAAUUUGCUUUCCUAGAAGGCAGGUACACUUCAGUGCACUGUGCUUCCUUUGCUCUGUCUGCCCAUAACAAGAUCAGAACAGGGGUGGGGGUCACAGAUCAUUGAUUUCUGAUGAAACAGAUUCUGGUGUACUCUGUGUUCAUACACAGAGUGGAGUGUGUGGUUAGCAUUCGCGUGUCCCGUGCAUCUCUCAUCUUCUGUGCAGAUUUAUAACAUGCUUUGGCAUGCCUGAUGAAUUGCUUAAUAAAGAUCUUA